AUGCAAUUUUUAUCAUAAAAGUUUAUCUCUGAUAAAUUUGAAGAGUAAUAUGAAAAUUACAUGAUGAAGUUCAGAUUAAGAUUUUAGUUAAUAUAGAAAAUCAUAUUAAUACCUCUAAUAAUUUAUUAUACAAUAGAAAAGGUGUUUCAGUCAUCUUGGUUUGUUGUUUGUCUUAAUUUGAUUUUAGGGGUUAUUGUAGUUGUAAGUUUGAGAUAUUAGAAGAAGUGUGUUAGAGCAUACGAAAUAUUAUUACUUAUUGGAAUAUUGUUAUUCAAUUUAUUUUAUGCUACAUCUUAAUAUUUAUAAAUACAUCCUGAGAGAUAUUAAUUUAUUGAUGGAUAUUUCUUAGCUAUCCUAAGUUUAACGUAAAAAUAUUUCUUAUAUUAAUUUUAGAAUGAUAAAUAUGAUGGAUUCAAUUUAAAAAGCGUUCAUUUUAUUAUUUGUUUAUCUAAUCUUUAUGGUAAUGAUACCUAAUUCUAAAGAGCCUUUAUGGUCUCAAAUUCUUAAAUUCCUUGUUUAUAUACUUCUAUUCUAUCAAUAAUCUAGAUAUUAAUAAUAAUUGCUGAGAAUGACAUAUGUGUAAUAUUGCAAGCACUUAACGAUCGAAAAAAAUAUAAGAGAAAAUUUAGAAAUGAAAUAUUACAUUGUAAAUUUCAUUGAAAAUUCAAGAUAAAUAAUUUUAUAACAAGAGCAGGUUGACAAACUAACUGAAGAAGAGGAACAAUAUAAUUUUUAAACAUUCAUUAGAAAGACUAUUGUUGCAAGUUAGGGACGAAAAAUAACAAAAUAAAAAGAUAUAAGAAAAAAUUCUGCUGAUAUAAAUUUAGAAUAGUUUUUAUUUUACCUAUUUACAGAUAAAAAGAAAUUAAGAUUAUUAGAAAAUUAUGAGAAUAAAUACUAGGAUUAUUAACACAUAUUAUUUGGAUUUAAUUAAGAAGAGUCUUAUAUCAUAAAAGUAGUUUUGUGUUUCGAUACUGAACCUUGUGCAAUAAUACUAAUUAAUGAACAAUAAAAAAAAUAAUUUGUAGAUAAAUUAAAAUUAUAAAAUAAAGCAACAUUAAAAUUAUUAAACUACUUUUAAGACAUUUUCAAUACUCAUAUUAGAUUAUCAUUGAUAAUUAUGAAUGGUAUUUAAAAAAAAUAUCAAUUAUGUUAAUAAUAAAAGGAUCUAAAUUUUAGAAAAUGCCUUAUUUAUAUUAAUGCUUAACUUUAUAUUGCGUUCAAUAAAUAUUAUAACAUUUCUGAUUAUUUUUCAGCUAAUCUUGAUUUUAAAUAACUAUCAUUAUUAAAAUUUAAUCUUAUUUAAUUACUUGAGUGUUUAAUCGAUAAAAUGAAAUAUUACAGAAACAACAAUAAAUUAAAAGCUAGAGCUAUUAAAAUAAACACUAAAUUAAAAGAUCUUUUUAUGAAAUCUGAUUAUAAAUAAGUUCAGCAAUUAUUUCUAAAUCUUAUUUUAUUUUCAGCCUAAUAUUCAGAAGAAUUAUAAAUUGAAUUAGAAGAAGAUUUAGAUUAAUCUUUUUUACCAUAAUCUAUUGUGAAUGUUUGUAUUUUCUUCAAGAUUCCAAAAGGAACAAGAAUAGAAUUAGAUAAAUUUCCAUUAAUCAAUCCAACAACACUAGAUGAAGUCAAAAAGAAUGAUAAAAGGUCUUUAGAUCUUUAUAUAUCAAUUUCUUUAUUGAUAAUUAGAAAUCUAGGACCUUUUGAUAAAAUUACAAUGAGAAAUAUAGGGAGAUAAGUUUAUAAAAUUCAAUUUUAUCUUUACAAAUAAAUACCUCUCGGACUAAGUUUAGUGCCUGUUCAUUCAUUCGAUCCUAAUAUGUUUAUAAAGAGAGAUGAAGAUUGGUAAUUAGUACGUUCUCAAAGAAAAGAUUCAAUAAUUAAUAGUUUUAAUUAAGAUAUUAGAUUAGACACAUAAAGAUGUCUAUCAUCUCCACUUCCUCUUUUAAAGAGUUGA